AUGAACCCACUGCGCUACGUUUUGUUAGCGGCCCUUGCCAGUUCCGCGGUGGCCAUAUAUCCGUCCAAUUCGGACGUCAUUGAACUCACCGACGACAAUUUCAAUCAGGUGCUUCAAGGCGUCGAGAUAUGGGUGGUCGAGUUCUACGCCCCGUGGUGCGGACACUGCCAGCGACUUGUACCCGAAUACUCGAAAGCCGCCAAAGCCCUUAAGGGUAUCGUCAAAGUGGCUGCCAUAGAUGCCGAUAAGUAUCCGUCUUUCGCAGGCCGUUAUGGGGUACAAGGUUUUCCUACAGUAAAAAUAUUUGUUGAUAAAAACAAACCACAAGAUUUCACCGGAGAUCGAACGGCCAUCGGUAUUACUGAUGAGGUCACCAAAGCCAUAAAGAACGCCAUUAGCGCUAACCUCCAAGGUGUACCUUACGGAUCAUCUAAAUCGUCUAAAAAAUCAUCAUCUGGUGACGACGUUGUUGAACUGACUGAUUCAAAUUUCGAUAAGCUUGUAUUGAAUUCUGAUGAUAUUUGGUUGGUUGAAUUCUUUGCCCCAUGGUGUGGACAUUGUAAAAACUUGGCUCCUCAUUGGGCAGCAGCUGCUUCAGAACUCAAAGGAAAAGUUAAACUCGGAGCAUUAGAUGCUACUGUGCACUCUUCAAAAGCUCAAGAAUUCAACAUUCGUGGAUAUCCUACAAUUAAAUUCUUCCCAUCUGGUACAUCCAGUUCAAGUGGAGCUGAGGAAUAUACUGGAGGAAGAACAUCUUCAGACAUUGUUAGCUGGGCAAUGCAGAAACAUCAAGAGAAUGUACCACCACCAGACAUUAUUGAGAUUGUAAAUGAAGAUACAUUCAAAGCUGGGUGCUCAGAGCAUGCUCUAUGUGUCGUCUCUGUACUACCCCACAUUUUAGAUUGCCAGGCCAGCUGUCGUAAUGAGUACCUGAAUACAUUACGCUCAUUAGGGGAUAAAUUCAAACAAAAACUUUGGGGAUGGUUGUGGGCCGAAGCAGGCAAGCAACCGGAAUUGGAAUCAACACUAGAAAUCGGUGGUUUUGGAUAUCCCGCAUUGGCUGUGCUGAAUGUUAAAAAAAUGAAGUAUUCAAUUUUAAGAGGGUCGUUUUCAGAAGAUGGAAUUAAGGAAUUUUUAAGAGAUUUGUCUUACGGUCGUGGUACAACUGCCCCGGUCAAAGGUGCUGCAUUACCAGAAAUUCAAGCAACUGAACCCUGGGACGGUAAAGAUGGUGAAUUACCAACUGCCGAUGAUAUUGAUUUAUCUGAUGUUGACUUAGACGAUCUUCCUAAAGAAGAAUUAUAA